ACAUCCACCCGCUGCUCGGCCUGAAAAGGCAGGGGGGAGACGGAGGGGAAGCAGAGAACGCGAGCGAGGCAGCAGCCCGCAGCCCGCCCCCAGCACAUCCUCAGACGCGCAGACACUCGGCAAGGCGCUAGGCGAGGUGGAGGUGAGGGCGGGCGCGAGCGAACUCGGAGAGGGGCUCGCUCGCUCCCAGGCGAUCCCAGCCGGCGCCGCCGCCGCCGCCGCAGCAGCAGCCGCCGCAGCAGCAGCUUCCUUCCUCAGACUCCCCUCUUGAGGCUGGCCAAGCGGGUGUAGCCUUUGGGGGAGGCUCCCGCUAGAGGAACCCGGUGAGGGCAAGAGCUGGGCGGCCGCCUCCCGCUCGGGCCGUCGGGUGGUCUGUGCCUCCACCAGCGUGUCGGUCCCGAGUGCCGGGGGAUGUGUGUCAGUUUACGCCUCUGAGAUCACACAGCUGCCUGGGGGCCGUGUGAUGCCCAAGGCAAGUCUUGGCUUUUAUUUUUAUUAUAUUUUCCUUUUUUUUUUUUAUGCUUGGCUUACGGGAAAUACUCGUGAUGUUGUAGGAUAAAGGAAAUGAUACUUUGAGGAACUGGAGAGGGCAUAGAUGCGUUUUGUUUUUAAGAGAGGAAACCCGUCCUCUCUUCCCGGCUUGCUCCCUCUUUGCUGAUUUGAAGAGCUACCCUCCUCCUGGUGAGGUGGGGAUCCAGCAAGGAUAAAGGUGAAGACGGGCCGCCAGGACCCAGGAGGGAAACACUGACCAGUAGAAACCUUUGCAGAGGACACUGUAAGGAAGAACAUAAGAGCGAGAAAAAUACAAAGACUUGUAAUUAAACAAGAAAUCUACAAAAACAGCUCUGGAGAAAGCUUCCUUCUCCAAAAUGGAUAUGUUUCCUCUCACCUGGAUUUUCUUAGCUCUCUACUUUUCAGGACAUGAAGUGAGAGGCCAACCAGACCAACCCUGUGGAGGUCGUUUGAAUUCCAAAGACGCUGGCUAUAUCACCUCCCCGGGGUACCCCCAGGAUUAUCCAUCCCACCAGAACUGUGAGUGGAUUGUUUAUGCCCCCGAACCCAACCAGAAGAUUGUCCUCAACUUCAACCCUCACUUCGAAAUCGAGAAGCACGACUGCAAGUAUGACUUCAUUGAGAUUCGGGACGGGGACAGCGAAUCCGCAGACCUCCUGGGAAAACACUGUGGGAACAUCGCCCCACCCACCAUUAUCUCUUCGGGCUCGGUCCUCUACAUCAAGUUCACCUCCGACUACGCCCGGCAGGGGGCAGGCUUCUCCCUCCGCUAUGAGAUCUUCAAGACAGGCUCCGAAGAUUGUUCAAAGAACUUCACCAGCCCCAACGGGACCAUCGAGUCCCCCGGGUUUCCCGAGAAGUACCCACACAACUUGGACUGCACCUUCACCAUCCUGGCCAAACCCAAGAUGGAGAUCAUCCUGCAGUUCCUGACCUUUGACCUGGAGCACGACCCUUUGCAGGUGGGAGAGGGAGACUGCAAAUACGAUUGGCUGGACAUCUGGGAUGGCGUCCCCCAUGUCGGACCCCUGAUUGGCAAGUACUGUGGGACCAAAACACCUUCUGAACUCCGUUCGGCCACUGGGAUCCUCUCUCUGACCUUUCACACGGACAUGGCAGUGGCCAAGGAUGGCUUCUCUGCACGUUACUACCUGGUUCACCAAGAGCCGCUAGAGAACUUUCAGUGCAAUGUCCCUCUGGGAAUGGAGUCUGGCCGGAUUGCUAAUGAACAGAUCAGUGCCUCGUCUACCUACUCUGAUGGGAGGUGGACACCUCACCAAAGCCGGCUCCAUGGCGAUGACAACGGCUGGACACCCAACUUGGAUUCCAGCAAGGAGUAUCUCCAGGUGGACCUACGUUUUCUAACCGUGCUCACGGCCAUUGCGACGCAGGGAGCGAUUUCCAGGGAAACCCAGAAUGGCUACUAUGUCAAAUCCUACAAGCUGGAAGUGAGCACUAAUGGUGAAGACUGGAUGGUGUACCGGCACGGCAAGAACCACAAGGUCUUCCAAGCCAACAACGAUGCCACGGAGGUGGUUCUGAACAAGCUGCACUCACCGCUGCUGACACGCUUCGUCAGGGUCCGUCCACAGACCUGGCACUCGGGCAUCGCCCUCCGCCUGGAGCUCUUCGGCUGCCGGGUCACAGACGCCCCCUGCUCCGACAUGCUGGGGAUGCUCUCGGGCCUCAUUGCCGACUCCCAGAUCUCUGCUUCCUCUACCCGCGAGUACCUCUGGAGCCCCAGUGCUGCCCGUCUGGUCAGCAGCCGCUCAGGCUGGUUCCCUCGGAUCCCUCAGGCCCAGCCGGGCGAGGAAUGGCUCCAGGUAGACCUGGGAGCGCCCAAGACCGUGAAAGGCGUCAUCAUCCAGGGAGCCCGCGGAGGAGACAGCAUCACCGCCGUGGAAGCCAGGGCGUUUGUGCGCAAGUUCAAAGUCGCCUACAGCCUAAAUGGCAAAGACUGGGAGCACAUCCAGGACCCCAGGACCCAGCAGCCGAAGCUGUUUGAAGGGAACAUGCACUACGACACCCCUGACAUCCGGAGGUUUGACCCUGUCCUGGCGCAGUACGUGCGGGUGUACCCUGAGAGGUGGUCCCCUGCGGGCAUUGGGAUGCGACUGGAGGUGCUGGGCUGUGACUGGACAGACUCAAAGCCAACGGUUGAGACACUGGGACCCACCGUGAAGAGCGAAGAGACCACCACCCCGUACCCCAUUGACGAGGAGGCCACGGAGUGCGGGGAGAACUGCAGCUUUGAGGAUGACAAAGAUUUGCAGCUCCCUUCAGGCUUCAACUGCAACUUUGAUUUCCCCGAGGAGCCCUGUGGUUGGAUGUACGACCGUGCCAAGUGGCUCCAAAGCACCUGGACCGGCAGCUCCGGGCCCAGCGACCGGACGUUUCCAGAUGACAGGAGUUUCUUGCGGCUGCAGAGUGAUGGCGGGAGAGAGGGCCAGUACGCGCGGCUCAUCAGCCCACCCGUCCACCUGCCGCGGAGCCCCGUGUGCAUGGAGUUCCAGUACCAAGCCACGGGAGGCCGCGGGGUGGCGCUGCAGGUAGUGCGCGAAGCCAGCCAGGAGAGCAAGCUCCUCUGGGUCAUCCGCGAGGACCAGGGCGGCGAGUGGAAACACGGGCGGAUCAUCUUGCCCAGCUAUGACAUGGAGUACCAGAUCGUGUUCGAGGGAGUUAUAGGAAAAGGACGUUCGGGAGAAAUUGCCAUUGAUGACAUUCGGAUAAGCACCGAUGUCCCGCUGGAGAACUGUAUGGAACCCAUCUCAGCUUUUGCAGGUGAGAAUUUUAAAGUGGACAUCCCAGAAAUACAUGGGAGGGAGGGCUACGAGGAUGAAAUUGAUGAUGAGUACGAGGUGGACUGGAGCAACUCUUCUUCCCCUACCUCCGGGUCUGGGGCUCCUCUGGCUGACAAAGAAAAGAGCUGGCUCUACACCCUGGAUCCCAUCCUCAUUACCAUCAUCGCCAUGAGUUCGCUGGGCGUCCUCCUGGGGGCCACGUGUGCAGGGCUGCUGCUCUACUGCACGUGUUCCUAUUCAGGCCUGAGCUCCCGCAGCUGCACCACGCUGGAGAACUACAACUUUGAGCUCUACGAUGGCCUCAAGCACAAGGUCAAGAUGAACCACCAGAAAUGCUGCUCAGAGGCCUGACGGAUUUGCACCCAAAUCGCAUCUGACGUCUCAUUCCAGCAAGAGGGGCUAGUGAAGAUGACAAUUUUUUUUCCUUUGGAAACUGAAUGCCAUAAUCUUGAUCCAACCGAUCCAGAAUACUGAAGGUGUGGACAGAACAGACAGGCAAGUCGAGGGAGGAGGGGAGAUGCAGCCUUUCAGGGGGUUGUGACCCACCUAGGACCAUGUGGCUGAAUCAUUGCUGGGAUAAAGACAGGAGCUCAUCUCUUUGGGGGUCACAGUUCUAUUUUGUUUGUGAGUUUGUUAUUAUUAUAUUUCUUUGGUCUAUGAGCAACUCAAGAGGCAGAAGAGAAUGACUUUUCCGGUAUAGAGCAGAGCAGGGAUCAAUAGUCUCUGCUUUCUCUUUCUAAUCAACACUUGGAAAGCAAAGGGUCUUUUCAGACUUUCCAUCUCUAGAAAAACAAAUUCCAAAACAAAGCCGUUCAGUUUAGCCCAUCCUCUGAUCGUCUUAUGACUUCCGGGAUUUGCUGUGGUAUAGCUUCUGCCAGCCAACUUGACAAGCUGCCGUUUCCUGUCCUAGCAUUUCAGUAGGAUGUUGUUGCCUUUAACUUUUUUUAUCCAGGGGAAAAUUGCCAUUUGAGGGUCAGCAUGAACAGCUCUUUCUUACAUGAGAUUUAAAACAAACCAGAAAGGAAACUUCACACGUCAAAAUCCAUAGACGCGCCUCCGUGUUAGAAGCGGACAAGCCUUAACGUGCUUUGUGAAUAGGAGCCAUUCAUUCAAUCUAGACCCAGAAUUUGUGGCUGUGAGGCUACUUUGUGGGGCCUCUGGGGGUGGUUUUGCUUUUCCUUUUCCUUCCUCCUUGUUCUUCUAAACAUACACACAUGCACACAUACACACAUGCACCAUACGCACACACACACAAGCACGCACACAUAUACACACAUGCACUCAUGUGUCAGGUCUCUAAGCCCCAGGAAACAGCAUUAUCUGAUAUUCUCUGAGAUGGGGCUGGGGAAAUAUAGGCUACUAGUAUGUUUCUCCAUCAGUGAGAUGUAACUGGCGACCACUGGCCGGAAAGGAGAACAGUGGAAAGAGCAAAACAAGUCCAUCCUCUGGGAUUAUGCAAAGGCUGAGAGGACCGUAAGAGACGUUGUGAUAAAUCCGUCUCUCCGACAGGCUGGUAAACACUGACUUCUCCUUGGGAUGACAGCCACCACCUCAACCUUUCAGAAGCAUCAGAACUAGGAUGUCCGUGAGCUGGUUGUGACCAGAAGUCUGCAAGCACUACGGACCAAAAUGCUAAUUCUGCUUCAACCCCAGAGAGACCUAUGUUCUUACACACACACACACACACACACACACACAUUUAUGUAUUUUUUUAUUAAGUGCCUUGAAAGAAAAUGAAGAAAACGUAUUUUCCUUCUACGUAGAAAUCAGUGAAUACCAUACAAGCUAAGGCAUUCCUCUGUUCCUCCUCCCUGACCCAGCGGCUCCACGCCCAGUUUCCCCCGCAUAGCUGAUCCUCCUGAUGGAGUAAGCCCUGCCACCCGAGUGCUAGUCAUAGCCCUAGAUGACUCUCAACUGCUCUAGAAGGGGAGGCAUCUGGAAUUGCAUGAAACCGUGUGAAGGAUAAGAUUGUCCAUGUCAGGAUCCAAAUCUUGACUUUGUAGUAACGCCUAAGGAUUGCCUGCGUGCUGGAAAUACAUUUGAAACCCAGACAGUGUGCCCAGCCUAUUGCUUAUCAGUGGUUAAACUGUCGGACCAUUUUUGCUGCUAUGGUCACCCACAAUUUCAUUUGUCUCAUACCCGGGUGAAAGGGGAAGGUUCACCUGGCUGGUUCCUUUACAUGAUAACUUAUGGAAAUGCUAGUUCAGGUGGUAAUGUCACAGUGUUCUGUAUGCAGAGAGGGAGAGUUCAUGCCGACAGCUAUUUAUUCAUAUGUGUGUGUGUCUUUGCCAGCCCUUGAGUUCUCUGUAUCUACUGUGUAUGUGAAUGGUCACGUGGGACUCAGUGAUGUUGUUGUGACAUUGACCUAGGGCCCGAGAGUCACCGCUGAUCUCGGCACUCAUUGGCACAGUGGUAGUUAGAGGUGAAAAGUAAAGCUGUCAAGCCCAAGGACUUAGCUUCAGGGCCCCCCUGAGCUGGGCGUGCGGCAGAAGCAAGUUCUUAAUUAGCCCACCUUCCUCUUCGGCUUUCCGUGUAACUCAGUGUUCAGGAAGCUAGCAAGCCCGGGGGUUCCGGAGUUAGCCUGCAGAAGAAGAGAGUUCAAAAGCUAACACGGGGUGGGGUGAGGGGUACUUCCCUUGUGGUCCAGUGGUUAAGACUCGGCACUUCCACAGCAGGGGGCGCGGAUUCAACCCCUGGUCGGGGAACUCAGAUCCCACAUGCGGCGUGGAGCAGUCACACACACACACGCACACGCGCACACACACACACACACACACACGCACACACACAAAGCCGACGCCGGAGGUCCUGGCCCUCUCAUGUCCCUUGGGCCAUUGUACAACUCCCCAAAGACCAGCCCCACCUCUGGCCUGCAGUUCACCUGUAAGUUAUGUACAACUCGACCUGCAUUCGUCUAAAGUCCUGUCUCCAUCCUCACCAUUGGCUGGUUUGAGGCCCCGCGUGGGCUCUAAAUGCUGAACAAAAGCAGGGCAUCCAGGGCUAUGUGUAGAUACCUCACCAGCACUGGAGGCUGGUCUGCUGGAAGACAGAAGGACAGUGGGGCCUGAUUAUAACCUGACCAGGGGACACCCCGGUGCAUUUGUUGUCUCUAUCUGCAAGUAGGCUAGCUGACCCCUCUCCUUGAGUCCUUCCCUUUGGGAAACCUACUCACAGUACUGAUCUCCUUUUUUGCCUUGUACUGAAUGACACAUUACCUCCACGCUCUUCCGGACUAGGCGGUCAGCAGGGCCACAGGGCUGCUUCCUCUCUUAGGUGGAAGUGGGGAGUUGACAGGGAUGAGAGUCCGAGGAAUGAGCAUGAAUGGCAAGAAAACAAGGGAAAAAGUUAAACUGUCACACAGAAGGUUAACUUUUCCAAGGUCUGCAGUUAAAGGUAUUUGACCGUUCGCUGGCUGAGCCAGACCAAGGGAACUUGAGAGCUUCUACUGUGAUUCGUCAAUGUAAGAAAUAAACAACCAUGUCAAACUGUGUUUAUAUGAUUUGUAUAAAGCCUUUUUAAGAUUACUAUUUAAAUAAACAUUAUA